AUGUUCGACUACCUCGCAGGAACGACAGUGACCGGCUUUUUCUGUAUGGGCUUAGCGUCUGCAGGAGCACUGCUAUUUGGUAUUGACAAUGGCUGGUGGGGGACCCUGCUUGGAGCGGAGGAAUUUCUUCGAACCUAUGGGUCUUGCGAGACUGUGAAUGGUGUACAUCUCUGCUCUUUAUCGACUGCGCAACAGUCUGCAGGGAGCUCAGUUCAGUCAGCUGGGAUAAUGGCUGGCUCGUUGAUCUCAAUAUCCGUAAAUAACUGGCUCGGCCGCAGGAAUUCUCUCCUCGUGACAGGGGUCAUUUCUAUCAUCGGAGUACUUAUCGAAAUUACAAGUGCCGUCGGCGCGUCAGCGCGCUUCUCACAGCUUGUGGUUGGCAAGACUAUCGCAGCUCUAGCAAUGGGACUUUGUGCGAAUGUCGUCCCUAUUUAUCUUUCGGAGACUUCCACAGCCACCGCUCGAGGCUUUGCAGUCACUAUGUAUUCGAACGCGCAGGUACUUGGUUCCAUUGUGGCCGCGGGCACGGUAUAUGCGACCUCAAAGCGAAUGGAUGCAGGCUGUUACUAUAUUCCGAUUGGCAUCCAGCUUCUUCCACCACUUUGUAUGAUCAUCGGCUCACCAUUUCUUCCUGAGAGCCCCAGGUGGCUUGUACUUAAAGGUCAAACCGAGCGUGCUGUUGUUGCUUCUAGCAGGCUUUUCGCUUCGAAAAGAAACAAUUUUGAUGCCCAGGCUUACGUACGAACAAUUGAAGUGGCGAUUGAAGAAGAACGCCUUAGUCAACAGUCUUCGGGCUGGAUGGACCUACUUCGUGGAUCCGACCUCCGCCGUUUACUUAUUGCAAUCGGUGUUCAGUGUCUGUGUCAAGCGCAGGGAUCAACCUAUAUCCUGAACUACGUUGUCUCAUUCCUCAAGUCAGCUGGUAUCGCCGAUGUCUUCCCAGUCAUCAUGGGUAUUUACUCUCUUUAUUAUGUAGGUAUCCUGGGGGGACAUUAUUUGCCUGAUCGGUUCGGCCGUCGCUCCUUACUUAUGUCGACUGCCGGAAUUUGUGGGGUGUGUCUUUUAACUAUUGCCAUUAUGAUCACUGCAAUUGCCUCACCCACCGCUGCUUCCCGCAAAGCGGCUAUUGCCUUGAUCUUUAUCUGGGAAUUAAUGUUUGCAGUUCAAAGCACUGUCAUUUGGAUCGUCACCACGGAGUGCGCUCCUUCUCGAAACCGGGAAAAGGUGCUGGCAAUUGCCGUCUUUUUCGGGUUUGGAAUUUCCCUGUUAGUUGCUUCGGUCUCUCCGUACCUCCAGGAUGAAGCCUAUGGCAAUUUAGGUGGUAAAAUUGGUUUCAUAUGGGGGACAUUCUCAAUAAUCGCUGUUAUUUGGACUUUUUUCACAGUUCCUGAGAUGAAAGGUUUCUCUCUAGAGGAACUUGAUCACCUGUUCAACCGCCAGGUCCCUACACUAAGAUUCAAAAGAUAUCAGUUUCCGGUCGAGAAUGGUCCCGAGAAAUGA